GACUCAGAAACUGAAGUUAUUCUCUCUACUAUGGUUGGUCUUGGUGGGGUAUAAACAUAAAGCUUCUUUAUGCAAAGAUAUGCUCUCUCUCUCUCUCUCUCAAAGUACAACAUUGCAUGAAUAUGAACUUCCUUUUUUCUUCAUCAUCACUGCUAUUACUACUACUGCACCCAAUGAUCCCCUCAAUCAUGCCAUUUAUAAACUUCUUCCCUUCCUCACCUCCUCUGCAACAACCAACAUAACUGCCUCUGCCUCUCUCUCUCUCUCUCUCUCUCCCCCCUUCCCAUGGCUUUUCAUUAUAGUUUCUUUCUUAUUUUGCUAUUACUCUCUCUAUCUACCACUUCUCAUUCCACUGUAACUAACCAGUCUCAGUUCUUCACUCUCAUGAAGAACUCUCUCAGAGGCAACCCCUUGUCUGAUUGGGAUGUCACCACACCAAAACCCUUCUGCAACUACGCCGGAAUCAGCUGCAACGAACAUGGGUUUGUUGUGAAGAUCGAUUUCUCCGGUUGGUCACUCUCUGGCCGCUUCCCGGAAGAUGUGUGCUCUUACAUCCCGGAGCUACGUAUUCUUCGCCUCGGCUACAACGACCUCCAUGGAAAUUUUCCUCAAAGCAUCAGCAACUGCUCUCUCUUAGAAGAACUAAACAUGAGCUAUGCAUACCUCACUGGAACACUGCCAGACUUUUCGUCCAUGGCUGCUCUCCGGUCACUUGACCUCUCCUAUAAUCUCUUCACUGGUGAUUUCCCAGUUUCCAUCACUAACCUCACCAAUCUCGAGAAGCUGAACUUCAAUGAAAAUGUUGGUUUCAAGGUCUGGCAAUUGCCUGAGAAUAUUUCCAGGCUAACAAAGCUCAAAUCUAUGGUCCUGACGACGUGCAUGGUUCGUGGUUUGAUCCCAGCGUCGAUCGGAAACAUGACAUCGCUCGUUGAUCUUGAAUUGAGCGGGAAUUAUCUUGUGGGUCAGAUUCCGGUGGAGGUUGGGUUGCUGGAAAACUUACAACAACUUGAGCUUUACUACAAUGGGCUUAGUGGUGCAAUACCUGAGGAGCUUGGAAAUCUCUCAAAGCUUGUAGAUUGGGACAUGUCUGUGAACAAGUUAACCGGAAAAAUCCCGGAAUCCAUUUGCCGCCUCCCAAAGCUCAAAGUCUUGCAGCUUUACAACAACAGCCUCACCGGAGAAAUCCCUGAAGCAAUGGCAAACUCAACCACCCUGACGACGUUAUCGGUUUAUGACAACAUGUUGACCGGAGAAGUUCCGCGAGGUUUAGGGGGAUCAUCACCCAUGAUUGUCUUGGAGUUGUCGGAAAAUCGAUUUUCUGGAGAGUUACCCGCCAUGGCCUGCAAUGGAGGUAAAUUGCUGUACUUUCUUGUCCUGGAAAAUAUGUUUUCCGGGAAAGUUCCUGAAAGUUAUGCAAGCUGCAGAUCUCUCCUCCGGUUUCGAGUUAGUUAUAACCAGUUAGAGGGAUCAAUCCCAGAAGGCCUUCUUGCUCUUCCCCGUGUUUCAAUUGUUGAUUUGGGUUACAAUCGAUUGAAUGGUUCGAUUGCGAAUACAAUUGGCAAUGCUAAAAACUUGUCAGAAUUGUUCAUACAGAGCAAUAGGAUUUCAGGUGUUCUACCACCAGAAAUCUCUCAAGCGGUCAAUUUAGUGAAGAUUGACCUCAGCAACAAUCUCAUGUCUGGUCCAAUACCUUCUGAAAUUGGCAACCUGAGAAGGCUCAAUUCAUUGAUGUUGCAAGGUAACAAGUUCAAUUCUUCAAUCCCCGAUUCACUUUCUUCACUAAAAUCGCUCAAUGUCCUUGAUCUAUCCAACAAUCUCUUGAUGGGAAACAUCCCAGAGAGUCUCUGUGAAUUGCUACCAAACUCAAUGAACUUCUCAGACAAUCUGCUUUCCGGUCCUAUCCCUCUCUCAUUUAUAAAGGGUGGUUUAGUAGAAAGUUUUUCAGGCAAUCCCGGUCUCUGUGUUCCAGUCAACCUUAAUCCCUCAGGUACAAAUCUACCCAUCUGUUCGCAAUCUUAUAAACAAAAGAAAACCAACAGUAUAUGGGUGAUAGGGGUUUCGGUGGGGAUUGUGGUUGUUGGAAUCAUUUUGUUUCUAAAACGUUGGUUUAGUAGCCAACAUCCCACGAUGGAAAAUGAUGAGACCUUGUCAUCCUCCUUUUUCUCCUAUGAUGUAAAAAGCUUUCAUAGAAUAAGUUUUGAUCAACGCCAAAUCGUGGAAGCCAUGGUUGACAAGAACAUAGUGGGGCACGGGGGGUCUGGGACAGUGUACAGAAUUGAGUUGAGCAAUGGAGAUGUGGUUGCUGUGAAGAAGCUGUGGAGUCUCAAAACAAAAGAUUCUGCUUCAGAGGAUCAACUUUUUGUCGCCAACGAGUUGAAAACAGAGGUCGAUACUCUAGGAAGCAUAAGGCACAAGAAUAUUGUGAAGUUGUAUUGUUAUUUCUCUAGCUUGGAUUGCAACUUAUUAGUUUAUGAGUACAUGCCCAAUGGAAACCUUUGGGAUGCACUUCACAAAGGAAAAAUCCUUUUGGAUUGGGCUAUUCGUCAUCAGAUUGCGCUAGGGAUCGCUCAGGGAUUAGCCUAUCUCCAUCAUGAUCUCAAGCCAUCAAUCAUUCACAGAGACAUCAAAUCAACCAACAUUCUGUUGGAUAUCAACUACCAGCCCAAGGUCGCAGACUUUGGCAUAGCCAAAGUUUUGCAAGCAAGAGGAGGGAAAGAUUCCACCACUACUGUCAUUGCCGGGACUUAUGGGUACUUAGCUCCAGAAUAUGCAUAUUCUUCCAAGGCAACGACCAAGUGUGAUGUCUAUAGUUUUGGAGUCGUAUUGAUGGAACUAGUUACUGGAAGGAAGCCCGUGGAGGCAGAGUUUGGAGAGAACAAGAAUAUCAUAUAUUGGGUUUCAAGCAAAGUGGAGACCAAGGAAGGGGCCAUGGAAGUUUUAGACAAACAAAUAUCCAGGUUGUUCAAGGACGAGAUGAUUAAUGUGCUCAAGAUUGCUAUUCGCUGUACGUUUAAGGCACCGGGCCAGCGACCAACUAUGAACGAGGUUGUUCAGUUGCUGAUUGAGGCAGACCCGUGCAGAUUUGAUACUUGCAAGUCAUCAACCAAAACCAAAGAAACAGAAAAUCUCACUAAGACAACUAAUCCAUAUGAUUUAUGAUUGUAGGAGAGGUUUUGGUGGGGUUUAAGGCAGAGUCUUAUAGCAUCUACAGAACAAUACUAGUUUUUUUUUUGGUCCUCCUUGGCCUAUUGUAAAGUAUUUGAGGAGAUUAAACAAUAUAAUAACUGCUUUAUGGCAA